GAUCUCACACUGGACCUAAACACAGUAAACAGACACCUCUCUCUGUCUGAGGAGAACAGAAAGGUGACAUGGAGGAGAGAGGAGCAUCCGUAUCCUGAUCACCCAGAGAGAUUUGAGGACUAUAGACAGGUGCUGUGUAGAGAGGGUCUGACUGGGCGCUGUUACUGGGAGGUAGAGUGGAGUGGGAGAAGGGCUAUUAUAGGAGUGACAUAUAAAGGAAUCAGCAGGAGAGGAAGGGGUGAUGACUGUUGUCUUGGAUACAAUGACAAGUCCUGGAGGCUGUCCUGCUCUGACAACAGUUACAUUGCCAGGCACAAUAAUAAUCCCACUACCAUAGACGUCCCCCCCUCCAGCUCCCACAGAGUAGGAGUGUAUCUGGACUGGCCAGCCGGCACUCUGUCCUUCUAUAGAGCCUCCUCUGACACACUGACCCACCUGUUCACAUUCACCUCCACAUUCACUGAGCCCCUCUAUCCAGGGUUUAGGGUUUGGAAAUGCUCCUCAGUGUCCCUAAAAUAAUAACCUGACACACACACACACUGGGCAAAGACACACACACUGGGCAAACACACACACACACACUGGGCAAACACACACACACACAC